CAGGUAAAUACUUCCUGUCUUUACAAACAUUCAGGAUGUUCUCCUUUGUCACUGUACACGAAUGGAUCGUUCUCGUGCUCUGUCUUGUUGUUCCGAUGUUGACCUCAGCAAUGAACGCCUGUUAUCCCAUGUAAAUGUACUUCCACUUUUGCAAACUGUUCCAACUUGCAGCUAACACGGAUACCGAUACUACCAAAAGCGAUUAGAAUAUUGGACCUUUCCAACAACAUCCUCGGAAAUCUCUCGUCGGAAAACGUUUGCCAAUAUCAGUGACCUGCAAAGCCUGGAAACAUUAAACAUAAGCAAUAACUUUAUACAGGAUGUUGCCAUAGAUACAUUCAAAAAAACAGUUAGCAGGGACCUUGUAGUCUUGGACAUAAGUAACAACCAGUUGUCGAGUCUAACCAGGGCGAUGAGAGCACUGAAUGAAACAAAGUUGUAUCACCUCAACUUAUCAAACACGACUCUUCACUUCUCGAAUUUCAGCAUGUUGGAUUCCCUCUCCAAAGUACCUUUGAGUAUAUUAAACCUCCACGGUAAUAAUUUAAAGAUUUUGAAAGGCAGUCUGAAAAAGAGUCUCCCUAUGUUGCAGGAAAUUAGUCCUAUCGGCAAACUUGAUAAAACAGAUAUCAUUUACUGACGUACACGAGGAGCUAAGAGAAUUGAACAUUAACGAUAACAUCUUGUCGGAUUUCAUAUCGUUCUGUGUGAAGACAAAUACAACUAAGACUACAAGUAUAUCAGCAUUACCCAGACUAAAAACAUUGUUACUUUCCGCGAAUCUUAUCACCGACCUAAAAGGACUCAAUAAAUCGAAAGCAUGUCUACAAAAUCUGGAAACGUUGGUGAUGGAUAAUAAUCAUGUAUUUACAAUUCCUGGAAAUACGUUUUCUGGUUUACCAAAACUAGGAAUUCUCUCAAUAGAUAAGAUUAACUCACAGAGGCUGACCAUCGAAAACAAUUCAUUUAAUUCUAAAUCCCUACAGCGCCUGACUCUAGGUAGUGUUCAGAAGGAUAUCAGGAUAAGUGACACAUCGUUCGAUUUGUGUCAAAAUCUCAAAAUGCUACGAUUUUCGGGGAUUUCUUUUCAGAAAUGGACGGAAGUAAGGAUGCAAAGAUUGUUUUUACCUUUGAAAAAAUUGACUUGUUUAGCGCUUGUUAAGGCAGGAAUUACGCUUAUUCCAACGUCAUUCCUUCCAAGAUUACAGAAAUUGGUUUAUCUAGAUUUAUCCGGGAACUUUAUUUCAUCGUGGCAAUCAAAAACGUUCCAGAAUGCAAGCUCAUUAAAAACAUUAAUUCUCAGUUCCAAUCAGAUUACCCAUAUUAAUGAAUCCUUUUUCCCAGACUUUCUUUGGAAAGAUAUUGAAGUACUCGACAUUGCUUUUAACCCAUUCGACUGUUCCUGUGAAUUAUAUUGGUUUAGGAAAUGGCUAAAUGUUAACGGCCAUAAACUAAAAAAAUAUCCCAAAGUUUACUAUUGUAAAUCGCCUUCAAAAUACAAAGACAGACGACUGGUAACUUAUGAUCCGUCGUAUCGAGAGUGCCAUCCCUUACCUACAUUGACCAUUGCCCUGAUAGUGACUGCAUGUGUUGUAGUAGUUUUUGUCGGUAUUGCGGUCGUCCUUUACAGAAACAGAUGGCAUAUAAAAUAUUAUAUAUACUUACUACAUUCAAAGAAAGAUUACGAACCACUUCCAGGAGACAAUUCGUUCAUCUAUGACGCAUUCGUAGCAUACAAUUCAACAGAUCGUGUCUGGGUAAUCUCGGAACUAAAAGAGUUUCUUGAAAAUAAGCAUGGUAUGAAACUCUGUCUUCAUGAACGAGACUUUAGUGCUGGAAAGCUGAUAGUAGAUAACAUAAUAAAAAACAUCAAUUUUAGUAGAAAAGUGAUACUCGUUCUGACAAAUGAAUUCGCAAAAAGUCAAUGGUGUCAGUUUGAAACGCUUAUGGCACAGAACCGGUUCUUCGAGCAGGGGGCGUCUUCUCUUGUGCUGUUAAUGCUGGAGAACCUGAGCCCUCGUCACCUGAACGGCCCUCUUAGUAUGCUUCUUCAGUCCGUGACGUAUAUAGAGUGGACCAAAGAUACUGUUGGCAAGGACGUGUUCUGGAAAAAGUUACUCGACUCUCUGAAGUGAGUCUUCAGUCGGUGACUUAUAUAGAGUGGACCAAAGAUACUGUUGGCAAGGAAGUGUUCUGGAAAAAAUUACUCGACUCUCUGAAGUGAGUCUUCAGUCGGUGACUUAUAUAGAGUGGACAAAGGAUCUUGUUGCCAAGGAAGUGUUCUGGAAAAAAUUACUCGACUCUCUGAAAUGUAUCUUACUGUAGCAUUCAUUCUAAACAAAGCGAUAGAUCUGUACUGGAAACACAUAAGACCCAACAAUGUGUACAUACGAGUAUAUAGAUAAAUAAGACUCAUUGUUUUAUAAUAUCUACACAAGCAAAGCUGUGUGUUUGAAUACAUAUAAAAUACAUUUAUUGCAUUUUUGUCGGCAAAAUAUAGAAAUUUAUCCAACUAAUAAAACUUAUAUUUUCAGUGUUGCAAUGAGCAGUGAAAAUAUAAGAUUUUGCAGUGAAAAGUUUUUCGUUUUUGACCAAUCAGAGCGAACAUUUGCAUUCAACUCAUUGAAUCUUGCCGAUUUUUCAAAUCGAAGCGAAGAUGGGCAAAUUGAUUAUUUUGCUGUAUUUCUGAAACAUUCUGACUAGUUUUUGACAAUAUACUAAUUUGACGUAAGGAAUCCAUGCACAGAUUCUCUUAUAACAGCAGUAACGUCACAAAGAAAUGACGUCAUGAAUUCCCGCUCUUUUUGACACUUUUAAUUGUUCGAUGGUUUAAAUUUUGGUUUUAAGAAUAUAAAAUGCAAUUAAAAUAAACUGGAAUGGUUUCACGUUGACUAUAACAUAUAUUUCACUCGUAUGACGGAAUAUUUUGAUAUUAACGGUGUACCUUCAAUGUUAGUAUAUUGUCAUAUGAAAUCUUUAGCAGAUUUAUGUAUAUAAUUGUAUGCUUGUGUAUAUAAAAUACCUAUCUUGUGCCUAUAACAGCUAGUAAUAUGAUAUAAUAGUGAAUUUGCAUUUAUUAUUAAGCUAUGUUUCAAUCACUUACAUAUCCGGAAAAAAAAUUCAUCUGGAAAUUCUACGGGGAGAAAAGAUUAUCAAUUAUAUAAAAUUUGUUGUUCAUAUAUAUCAUAUAAGUGCUGUCAUGGAGUUAUGUUAAAACAACUCAAGUUAUACAUAUACCUAACACACCUCACAAUGACUUGUUUUAAAUCGAUCCAUAGUUAGCUUACUUCGUCAUACUGCACAGCCUCCAUCAUCGGUACGGCGGGGUAGAAGAAUAGAGUUGGCUUUAAUCACUCUCAAUUUUGUAUGGUUGUCGUCAGAUACACUCUCCAUUUUGUAUGGUUGUCGUCAGAUACACUCUCCAUUUUGUAUGGUUGUCGUCAGAUAUUAUAAGUUGUAUUGUUACAGAAUUAAUAUAUAGCCGAAUUUGACCUAGCUAGAUGGAGGAUCUACCAUCCAUGUACAGCUGUCUCCUUCAGUCACAUGAGACUGACAGGUCAGUACUAAAUGACAGCCAUUCAGCUGAUGGAGGCCGUGUGAUAUGGCCGAAGUAUCCAAAGUGUAUUGCUUUUGUUCUGUAAGUGGAUCAAUCUAAAACAAUUCAUCAUCCAAGAUCAACCUUCAUAGUUGUACAUAGUGAGUAAAAUACUACGAGUUCGACUUUCGGAUACACUUUUGACAACUACGGUCUAACCUUAUUCAUACAGCAAGCGAUCCCCAAUAUCUUUUUUAUUUGGAUGUUUAUAAUUGUAAUUAUUGACUAUGAAUUUUUAUAUAUUGAUGUUUAUAAUUGUAAUUAUUGACUAAAUGUGUAUAUAUUUAUGUUUAUAAUUGUAUCAUGAAAGUUUGGUGAUGUUUCAAGUUUGUUGUUUUGAACACUGAUGUUAUCCAGGGGAACAGGCAGUAUCUCAUUAAGUAUGGCGGCAGUGAUUACGAACCCCCAGGUUAAUCAAAAAUUACAAUAUUGUCAGUCGUUCAUAAUGUCGAGGUUUUCACAUACCUGUUUACAUUACUAAACAGUAAUGUUUAUAUACAGAACUUAUAUCUUAUAGCCAUAUGAGCGACCAUAGUUUUGCUACAUGGAUGUUCAAUUAAACCAAAGUCAUGACACAGUGAUUUCUAUACCCCGUUCUGAUCUACCUUGAAGAUAACAUUCCCAUUACUAUCAAUAACUACUGCUUGUUAUAUGAAUAAACAGCCUUGAAAGUGAUAUGUCUAAUUGCGUCCUGUUUGAGCUGUGUGACGUUUUAAGUAAUUCUAUCAGAUUGAGUUACAAUAAAGGCUUUCAGUCUACAAUGAUUUGUCAACCUAACCAUAAUUAUGGCAAGUUUGUUUAAAAUACACACACGUAUAUUUUGUGAUUAUUGGUGUACAGAUGAUCAAAAACUGUAGGUACAGCUUUCAAAUAAAUUGAAUUCAAUUGUU